AUGAUUAAUGAAACUUAAAAUAAGCUGGUUUGCUUAGAUUAAUUCUAAUGGCAAUAAGGUAUCUAAGAUUUGGAAAUUGACAAGGUGGAUGAAAAAAGGAUGAAACUUGUUAAGACUAAAAUCUAAAUUACAAUUACUCAAGAUCAUUUUUUGAAUUAUUAUUAUGAUGGAAUCAUAUUGAGAAAGUAAAGUAUUAUUUCUAGAGUUAUAGUGAAUUACUUGUGGAUAUAUCCUAAAAUCCAGAAAUUUUGAACAAUGUGGAAUAGAUAAAAUAUCUAAGAUGGUAAGGUGAAUAUGGACAGAAUAAGAAAAAAUAGGGUAAGUGGAUAGCUUUCUGGAAUGGGGAAGCUCUUAUCGAAGUUGGUGGAUACUUUAAGAAUGGAUUAAAGGAAGGCUUAUGGAAGCAAAUAUUUAAAAGUUAUUGGGAGUAAAAAUUAAAUAUAUAGUUGUAGUAAAGCUUAAGUAUAUGAAAGUGGAGCAUAUGUUUAAAAUUAAAAAGUAGGAAUGUGGAAUUAUUUCUACAAAAAAAAAAAAAUGUUAUAUUAUCUUAAUUAAUUAGUGGUGGGGGAUCGUACAAUUAAAUAGGACUAAAGAAUGGUAAAUGGAUUGAUUUAAUUGAUGAAUUUUAAGAUAACUGCCAAGUUACUUAUAGAGGUGUAUAUAAAAAUGGCAAAAAAAUAGGUAAUUGGGAUAUUUUUUAUCAAAAUAAAUAAAUGUAAAUAUGAUAUAUUAAAUUAAUUAUUGUAGUGGCUGUGGAUUAUAUGAUGAAUUAGGUAAUGAGCUUAAAAUUGGGACUUGGAUUGAAAUAAGUGAUGGAUUUUAUUCAGAUUCGAAAGUCAUUUAUUAUGGUGAAUAUAAAAACGGUAAAAAGAUCGGCGGAUGGAAUCUUGUAUACAUUAAAUUUUCAAUGUAAAAUUAUAUUAUAUAUGCAAAUUUUCUAGUGAUUGUGGAUCUUAUGAUGAAUUAGGUAAAGGAAAUAAAAUUGGAAGUUGGAUUGAAUUAUCUGAUAGGUUUUAUGAGUAUUAAGAAGUCAUUAUUUAUGGUGAAUAUAAAGACGGUAAAAGAGUUGGUAGAUGGGAUUUCGAGAUGAUUGGAGAAGUUGUGUAAUAUAAUUUUAUUAAAUAAUUUAAAAUAUUUUAGAGGUGGUGGAAGAUAUAAUGAUAAUGGGGAAAAGAUUGGGAAAUGGAUUGAUUUGAGUGAUGAAUAUGAAUUUAGUUCAGAAAUAACUUAUAAAGGUCAAUACAAAGAGGGUAAAAAAAUAGGUAAAUGGGGUAGUUAUUUUACUGACGGAAAAACUAAAUAAAUGUAAAUAUCAAUCAAAGUUUUAGUGGUGGUGGAUAAUAUGAUGAAUUAGAUAAAGGAACUAAAAUUGGGAAAUGGAUUGAAAUAGCAGAAAAUUUUUCAUCAGAAAAAAAAAUAACUUACAAAGGUGUGUAUCAAAAUGGUAAGAAAGUUGGUAGAUGGGAUACUCUGGAUUAAAAUGCGGUGAUGUAAAUCUGAAUUAAAAUGAAAUUUUUUUAGUGGUGGUGGAUCAUAUGAUAAAGAAGGUAAUGUAAUUAAGAUUGGAAAAUGGAUUGAGAUAAGCGAUGGUUAUUCUAUGAAUUCAAAAGUUACCUAUGAUGGUGAAUAUAGAGAUGGUCAAAAAAUUGGUAGAUGGAAUACUUUGUUUAAUAAUACAGUGAUGUAAAUAUAAAAUUUGUAUAAAAAAUUUUUUAGUGGUGGUGGAAUAUAUGAUGAUUAUAAUGGUUAUAAAAUAGGCUUAUGGAUUGAUUUGUAUAAGGACUUUAGGAUUAAUAAAUAGACAAUGUAUUAAGGUGAAUAUUAAAAUAAUGUAAAAAUUGGCAAAUGGGAUAUUUUAUAUAGAAAUUGGAGUGAUGUAUUUAACGAGAUGUAAUUAUUCAAUAUUACUAAAAAUUUUUAGUGGCGGUGGAUCAUAUAACGAAAAAGGUAAUGGAAUUAAAGUUGGGAGAUGGAUUGAAUUAAGCGAUUAGUUUUAAAUGAAUUAAGAAAUUAUUUACAUUGGUGAUUAUCAUAAUAGUAAAAAAGUUGGUAGAUGGGAUAUUUUGUAUGCAAACUUAUAGAUGUAAAUAAUAAAAACAAUUUUAGUGGUGGUGGAUCAUAUGAUGAUAAUGGUGAUGAGAUGAAGAUUGGAAAAUGGAUUGAAGAAAGUAGUGAGUUUAAUAAUAGAGAAUAAAUUAUUUAUAUUGGGGAAUAUCUUAAUGGCAAAAAGGUUGGUACAUGGAUUGAAAAAACAACGAGCGAUAGGGGUAUCACCUAAGAAGAAAUAAUAUAUGAUAAUUGA